GAUAGCUUCUGCUCAUACUUGCUUCUGAAACUACCGUGUUCACGAGCAACUACACAAACAGACACCAUGGUGCAUCUGUCUGGUGAGGAAAAGGGCCUCGUCACCUCCAUGUGGGGCAAGGUGAACGUGGAUGAAGUUGGUGGUGAGGCCCUGGGCAGGCUGCUGGUUGUCUACCCCUGGACCCAGAGGUUCUUUGACAGCUUUGGUGACCUGUCCUCUGCCUCUGCCAUUAUGGGCAAUGCCAAGGUGAAGGCCCAUGGCAAGAAGGUGGCCCACUCCAUCACUGAUGGCAUCAAAAACCUGGACAACCUCAAAGGCACCUAUGCCAAGCUGAGUGAGCUGCACUGUGACAAGCUGCACGUGGACCCUGAGAACUUCAGGCUGCUGGGCAACGUGCUGGUGUGUGUGCUGGCUCGCAACCUUGGCAAGGAAUUCACCCCCCAGGCUCAGGCUGCCUUCCAGAAGGUGGUGCUUGGUGUGGCCACUGCCCUGGCUCACAAGUACCAUUGAGAUCUUAAACUCUUCCUGGAGGCCAUUGGAACACACUAUUUCCCUAUGUUCUGUCCUCUCAGCUUGGGGAAAUAAUAUCCACCUUUUGGGCAUGUGUUCUGCCUAAUAAAGAACUUUCAGCUCA